AUGGUUGAUGCGCAGCCUAAGGAAGGAGUCAAGAGUGAGAACAGCUACCAUAUUAAUUUGAUAGUAUCAGGGCAAGAUGGUUUGGUGGUGCAGAUGAAGAUUACUAGGCCCACACCAACAGGUAAACUAAUGAAAGCCUAUUGUGAAGGACAGGACAUACCUGCACAGUUGGAAAUGGAGGAAGAAGAUACAAUAUUCUGGUAG